AUGGCUGUCAACGAAGCUUCAAACGAAGCCGACAAGAUCAGUGCUGUCCAGACUAGUCCUGCUACGAUUGCGAGUUCCCCUGCGAAUUCUGUGGACCUAGACGAUGACCACCAUCUAUACAAGCAGAGCGAUGAUCAAGAACUCGACCCGGCCGAAUCCAAAAGAGUGCUACGCAAACUUGACAUUCGAAUUGUGCCUAUCCUCUUUCUCAUAUACCUGCUGCAAUAUCUCGACAAGAAUGGCAUCAACUAUGCCAGUGUGUACGGUUUACAGAAAGGCACGAACUUACACGGCCAAGACUACUCCUGGUUAGGGUCGAUCUUCUAUUUCGGUUAUUUGUGGGCGCAGUAUCCGGCCGGCUAUUUCUUACAAAGACUGCGAGUUGGAAAGGUGAUCGGAGCCACUACCAUCGCAUGGGGGAUUAUCCUGAUCACGACCCCGGCUUGUUCAAGCUUUGCUGGCAUUGCCGUCAAUCGCUUUUUGCGAGGCUCGUUUGAGUCGGUGGUGAACCCGGGUUUUAUUCUCAUUAUGAGCAUCUGGUACACCUCGCUGGAGCAGCCCCUGAGACUGGAGGCCUACUAUUGCACAAAUGGCAUCGCAACGAUGUUUGGAGGCUUGAUUGGCUAUGCUGUUGGCCAUAUCACAACCGGCCUCCCCCGCUGGAUGUACGUCUUCAUUAUAUUCGGCAGUGUCAGCAUCGCCCUGGGUAUUCUGGCCCUCGUCAUGCUCCCGGAUCUCUCGUCGACGGCAAAAUUCCUCACCGACGCUGAGAAAGUGAUUGCCGCCAAACGCGUCUCUGCCAACCGUCAGGGCAUCAAAAAUCGACAUUUCAAGUCCUACCAAAUGUGGCAGACGUUCAGAGAUCCAAAGACCUGGAUCUUGUUCAUCAUGGCCGUGGGUGCGCAAAUUCCGAAUUCAGCAAUCACCCAGUUCACGUCGCUAGUGAUUCAAUCGUUCAAUGUCGACACUUUGGGGUCGCAGUAUCUCCAGAUCCCGGGCGGCGCCGUCCAGUUCGUCGCCCUCCUUGGUGGAGGCAUCAUCUGCUCCAGGUGGCCGAAUCUCCGAUGCAUCACCAUGAUUGUGGCAAACACGAUCUGCAUCGUUGGAUCUGGGCUGCUCGUCGCGGCGAUCCUUUUCACCGGGUAUUGCGUGGGGAACAUAAUUGGGCCGCAAACAUUCAAGUCAAGCGAGGCGCCGCGAUAUCAUUCCGCCUACGUGGAGAUGCUCGUCGGGUACACGAUCAAGCUGGUGGCCAUUAUUGUCUUGUACGUCUACAUGUUCGCAGAGAACAAGAGGCGAGACCGCGAGGCAGCCGUUUCGGGUGUGGCGGAUCUUGAUGAGGAGAAGGAGGCCAUCGAACGAGGGAUGCAUGAUGUCACGGAGCUGGACAAUAAGGGAUUCAGAUACACGGUAUAG